UUUACAUUGGUUGUAGCCUGUCACGUGACCACCACCCACAGGAGGUCAUAGUUGUCUCCAUGGUUGACUCACCUUGAUAUUUUGCAACUACAUCAUCGCCUCAGUGCGGAAAUAAAUGUCCACUGACGCGUCCGCUGGGUGUCGGGUUUUACGCAUGGCGUCCGCCAAACGGGACAGAGUGCCACCUCUUAGCACCCUACUAUUUAAAGGUGGGAAUGCUCCGACACCCAGCCCCCCCUGCACACCUGCUCCUCUCCGUCUGUCCCCGUCUGACAGACCGGCCGGUCCUCCUCAUCCUCCUCCCUUCGUCCUCCCCGUCUUCACCGGAGCUCGGUUCCUGUGUCCACAUCGUGCGCUCUUCCUUUGGCGGUUUGUUCUGGAUUUCCACUUUUGGGUUCCCCUCCCUCUCUGUUGGAUUUAACCUGUCUGUUUAGUAACCCCCCCCCCUCCACAAUCAACUUUUUACACCCGCGAACCUGUGAUCGAUGGCGGAGGGUGUGCGCCCCGAGGACUACUGCGACGAGCCGGUGGAGGACGAGUUUGGAGAGAUAAUCAAGUGUCGAUCUGAUGAAAGAGAAGACGUUCAGAAGAAGACUUUCACAAAAUGGGUAAACUCACAGUUGGCUAAGACAGGAAAACCACCAGUGGAGGAUCUGUUCUCAGACCUGUGUGAUGGACGACGCCUGCUGGAGCUGCUGGAGGGGCUGGCAGGACAUGAACUGGUGAGGUUGGAGAAAGGAUUCACGCGUGUUCACUCGCUCAACAAUGUCAACCGAGCUCUGCAGAUCUUGCAGAAGAACAAUGUUGAAUUGGUGAAUAUCGGAGCGGCAGACAUCGUUGAUGGAAAUCACAAACUGAUUCUCGGGCUCAUCUGGAGCAUCAUUCUCCACUGGCAGGUAAAGGAUGUGAUGAAGGAUGUGAUGGCGGGCCUACAGCAGACCAACAGUGAGAAGAUUCUGCUGAGUUGGGUUCGUCAGAACACACGCCAGUAUCCUCAGGUCAAUGUGGUUAACUUCUCCAGUAGCUGGAAUGAUGGAUUGGCCUUCAAUGCCCUCAUCCACAGCCACAGACCUGAGCUGUUUGAUUGGAGCACAGUGGAGAAAAAGACGUCGGCGAUCGACAGACUGGAACACGCCUUUAAUAAGGCAGAACAACACCUGGGGAUAGAGAGACUGCUGGACCCCGAGGAUGUGGCCGUGCCUCACCCCGACAAGAAGAGUGUCAUCAUGUACAUCACGUCACUCUUCCAGGUGCUUCCACAAAGUGUUUCCAUGGAGGCCAUCCAGGAAGUGGAGAUGCUGCCCCGGGCGGCGGCGAGCAGCAUCACCCGGGUGACGACUGAGGAGCACUAUCAGAUCCAGACCCAGCAGCGCUACUCUCAGCAGAUCACAGUGAGUGUGGCUCAAGGGCGAGUGCAGAGUCCCUCCCCUCAGCCUCGCUAUAAAAGCUAUGCCUACACCCAGGCUGCAUAUGUCAAGUCGCCUGAGCAAAAGAGGAGGCGUUUUACUGAUCAGCUCCUGUUUCCUGGCCAAGAGGAGCUGCAGCGGGGCCUCAGUCCUCUGCCUCCAGGCUCCACCAGCCUGGAGAGUUACCAGGCUGCACUGGAGGAGGUGUUGACAUGGCUGCUGUCAGCUGAAGAUGGGCUUCAGAGCCAGCCUCCCAUCUCCAACCAUGUGGAGGAGGUGAAGGAGCAGUUCCACACACAUGAGGGGUACAUGGUGGAGCUUACCACCCACCAGGGCAGCGUGGGGCGGGUUCUCCGGGCUGGUGCUGCCCUGCUGGCGGAGGGGAACCUGAGUGAGGAGGAGGACUCUGAAGUCAGGGAACAGAUGAACCUCCUCAACUCCCGGUGGGAGCACCUGAGAGUGGCUAGCAUGGAGAGACAGAGCAGGCUCCACGAGGUCCUAAUGGACCUGCAGCACCAGCAGUUGCAGCAGCUCACAGACUGGUUGGAUGUGACGGAGGCACGGAUCAAGAAGAUGGGGGCUCAACCAUUGGGUCCUGACCUGGAGGACGUCAAGCAUCAAGUGGAAGAGCAUAAGCUCCUGCAGGAGGACCUGGAGCUGGAGCAGGUCAGGGUCAACUCUCUAACCCACAUGGUGGUGGUGGUGGACGAGACCAGUGGAGACAGCGCCACCGCUGCCUUGGAGAGCAAACUUCAGGUGCUAGGUGACCGCUGGGCAGCCAUUUGUAGAUGGACAGAAGAACGCUGGAUUCUGCUUCAAGAGAUUUUACUGAAAUGGCAGCACUUCACUAAUGAACAGUGUUUAUUUGACUCCUGGCUGACUCAGAAGGAGGAGCUGGUUAGCUCCAUAAAGACCUCCAACCUGAAGGACCAGACAGAGAUGGUGGCCUGCCUCCGCCGUCUUGCUACGGUGAAGGCAGACCUGGAGGUGAAGCGUCCCACCAUGGACAGGCUGUGCUCCAUGAGUCAGGACCUGCUGUCCAGCGUCAAAAACAAGGAGGUGGCCAGCAAACUGGAGGCCAGACUGGACAGUUUUGCCCAGCGCUGGGACAAACUGAUCCAGAGUCUGGAGAUGAGCAGCUCCCAGCUCUCAACGGCUGUCAGUGUGGCCCAGCAGUCCGAGCUGACCCACUCUGUCACAGCCACCGUUACCAAGGUGACAACAAGGGAGAAGGUGUCAGCUGUGCGCCAGCCCCGAGAGUCUCCGCCACCACAGAAGAAGAGACAAGUGGUUGUGGAUUCUGAACUCAGGAAAAGGUUUGACGUGGACUUCACAGAGGUCCACAGCUACAUGACCCGUGGCGAGGCCAUCCUACAGAGCCCCGAGUUCUCUGUGUCACGCAAGGACGGCGGUAUUCAGGAAUUGCACGACAAAGUGCAGGCGAUAGAAAGAGAACGGCCAGAGAAGUACCGAAAGCUUCAGGAGGCAACACGCACGGCGCAGACCCUGGUGGAGCAGGAGGGGACUCGUGCUGAUGACAUUGCCCAGGCAGCGGAGCAGCUGAACCAGCGUUGGGUGGGAUUCUGUGCCCUGUUGGCAGAGAAGCUGGCAUGGCUGGCUUACCAGACAAAGGUGCUUGCCUUCUACAGCUUGUAUGAGCAGUGUGAGCAGGCUGUGGACAACAGUGAGAACUGGCUCAAAGUUCAGCUGCCUCCAGCAUCUGAACCAGAACCUCUCAGAGUACAACUGGACAGAUGCCGGGAGGAAGUGGCUCGCCUGGCCUCACUGCAGCCCCAGGUGGAGCUAAUGGAGAAGCAGCUGAAAGAGCUGAAAGAGGAGAAGGAAGGGGAGGACCCUGCAGCCUUCCUGGACGCCGACAUCAACGCGUUCAAAGAGCACUACAAUAAGGUCCUGGAGGAUCUGAGGGCGAGAGAGAGACAGCUACAACUGGUUUUGGAGAGCUUGCCCCCGGCUCGAUAUAAGGAAACCAUAUCAACGCUACUGGCAUGGUUACAACAGUGCGAGGCCAAGCUAGCCAUCCCAUCCACGGCCGUUACAGAGUAUCCUAUUAUGGAACAGAGACUGAAGGACGUUCAGGCCCUCCAGGUGGCUCUGGCUGAACACCAGGGGGAGGUGGACUACCUGACGUCGGCCGUAGACCAGGUCUUCCAGAAAGCUCCGCCAGACAUCAGCCAGAGGUAUCGCACAGAGAUGGACGCCAUCAUGGCGCGCUGGAAACGACUCGGCACCACGCUGACAGAGAACGCCCAGAGAAUCCAGGAGCUCAUGGCCAAACUGAUGCAGUUUGAGAAUGAUGUAAAGACGUUAAAGAAGUGGAUGGCAGAUGUGGAUGUCUUUCUGAAUGAAGAAUGGCCGGCGCUUGGAGACUCUGAAGCCUUGGAGAAACAAUUAGAGCAGUGCACGGCCCUGGUGAAUGACAUCCACACCAUCCAACCCAGCGUCAACGGCAUCAACGAGGUGGGCCUAUACCUCAAAAAGGAGGCCGAGCCACCGUUUGCCAUCCACAUCCAGAAAGAACUGGACGAACUCAACGCCCAGUGGGAGAACGUCUGCAAACAGGCCUACGCUAAGAAGUCAGCUCUGAAAGGAGGCCUUGAUAAAACCAUGGCUCUGAGGAAGGAGAUGCAGGAGAUGCAGGAGUGGAUCAACCAAGCCGAGGAAGACUACCUGGAGAGAGACUUCACAUACAAGACGCCCGAAGAGCUACGCAAAGCUGUAGAGGAGCUCAAGAGGGCCCAAGAAGAAGUCCACUCCAAGGAGCUAAAAGUCAAACUCUUGACCGACAGCGUUAACAGUUUCAUCGCCAAGGCCCCACCCACGGCCCACGAUGCCUUGCGCUCGGAGCUGGACGUGCUGACGGCCAACUACCAGCGCCUUUGUAGCCGGCUGGAUGGGAAAUGUAAAACUCUGGAGGAGGUGUGGGCGUGUUGGUGCGAGUUGCUCUCCUACCUGGAGCAGGAGAACGCCUUCCUGGACCAGCUGGAGCAGAAACUGGAUGAGACAGAAAACCUGCAAGGAGGAGCAGAGGAGUUGCAGGAGGCACUGGAUGGCCUAGAGGUUCUUCUGCGCCACCCAGAGGACAACAGGAACCAGAUUCGGGAGUUGGCUCAGACGCUGAUGGACGGAGGCGUUCUGGAUGAGCUGAUACAGCAAAAACUAGACGCUUUCAACACUCGAUGGGAUGAACUUAUGGCGAGGGCGGCGCUCAGGCAGAAGGAGCUGGAGAAGAGCGUCCAGUGGGCCCAGGAGAAUGACAAGACACUCAGGCAGAUGCAGGAGUCACUGGCCAACACGGACCGCCACCUCACUGCGUACCUGACUGACCACAUCGAUGCCCAGCAGUUACCUCAGGAGGCUCAGAAAAUCCAAACAGAGCUGAGCGGCCACGAUGCGACCCUGGAGGAGAUGAGGAAGAAGAAUCAGGAGAAGGAACCGGCGCAGAGGGUCAUGGGACAGAUAGACCUCACCCAGAAAAUGCUGACCGACGUGUGGACGAAGUUCCGGCUCUUCCAGAAGCCUGCCAACUUCGACGCGCGGCUGCUCGAGUGCGAGCGUGUGCUGGCUGGGGUUAAAAGCCAGGUGGGGGUGCUGGACAUCCGCAGUGUGGAGCAGGACGUGGUGCAGUCUCAGCUGGAGCAAUGCAUGAAGUUGUACAAGGUGCUGAGUGAAGUGAAAGGGGAGGUGGAGACGGUGAUAAAAACAGGCAGGCAGAUCGUCCAGAAGCAGCAGACUGAGCAACCCAAAGAGCUGGAUGACCGGGUGACCGCCCUUAAACUGCUCUACAACCAGCUGGGAGCACAGAUAACAGAGAGUAAGCUGGAGCUGGAGAAGAGCCUGAAGUUGUCCAGGAAGCUUCGUAAGGAGCUGAACGGGCUGACGGAGUGGCUCGCUGCCACUGACGCAGAGCUGACCAGGCGCUCCGCGGUGGACGGCAUGCCCAGUGACCUGGAGGCUGAGGUGGCGUGGGCGCAGUCCACCCAUGGUGAGACAGAGAGACGUCAGCCGCAGCUGCAGGCGGUGGUUGACCUCGCAGAGGCCCUUAAGGCCGUGCUGCGGGGCCACGGGAGCCUGGUGGAUGACAAAGUCAGCCUGCUGCGCUGCAAUUGGAUUGCAGUCACAUCCAGAUCAGAAGAAUGGCUCAACCUGCUGCUGGACUACCAGCGGCAGAUGCAGAAGUUGGAUGGACAGAUAGAGGAAGUGAACGGAUGGAUCGAUGGAGCAGAGAAAAAGAUGAAUGAGAUGGACAGCCAGGGACCUGAUGAUGCCGCGCUUAAGGUGCUGCGUGCAGAGCUGGAGCUGACCAGGGGUAAGAUGGAGGAAGUGAGGGCUUUAGCCCAGGAGCUCAUGUCCACCAGGGGGGAGAACUGUCAGGCACAGGUGGGACCCAAAGUGGAGCAGCUCAACCAGAGAUUUGACACCAUCGCCCAACGCAUCAGCUCUGGACUGACGGCAGCGUCAGCCAAGGAGCUGGAGCAGUACCACAGUGAAGCACAGAUCUGGCUGGAGCUCCUGGAAGAGGAAGUCAAACAGGGAGAGAACCUCAAGGAGGAGGACUUCCAGGAGGACAAGGAUUGUGAGGAAGGUGCAGUGAAGGAACUAUUGUUGAAAGGAGAGAGUCUACAGAAGAGAGUCCCGGAUCAGGACAAGAGAGAGCAGAUCAGACUGAAACACAACCAGCUCAACAGCAAAUACAACACCGUCAAGGACCUGCGUUUGCAGAGGAAUAGGAAGGCGUUGGCCAUUGCUCCCCAGUGGUACCAGUACAGAAGGAAGUCACAUGACCUGUUGGCCUGGCUGGAUGACAUCCAACGCAGCGUGGACCAACUGCCUGACCCCCCUGAAGGAGAGAGGGUCAAGGAAAUUGGCUCAGAGUUCGACAAGAAGAAGGAGGAGCUUAAGGAGGUGCAGGGCUUAGCCAAUCAGCUCUCAGAAGCUGGAGCCGCCAAUCUAGUGGAGCCCCGCCAACUCCAGCUCAACACACGCUGGGUUGAGGUGGAGGGCAAGUUCAUUCCCUUCAAAAGACAAUGUGAGUACCUAUCAGAGCUGCAGGCGUUGCUGCGUUCAGUGUCAGAGACGGACUUCAAGCUGAACUCUCCUGAAUACUGGCCUGCAGCAUAUUAUAACCUGCCUCAGCAAGAGCACUGCCUGAAGGAUGUGAAAGAAAAUAUUGAAAAGCUGAAAGGCCCAGUGGAGGGAGCGUUGGCCCGCAAAGAGGAGAUGGUGUCCGGUGCUCGGCCUCUGGAGGGCCAGAGGAUCCAGGAAAGUGCCACCCUGCUCAGUACCAACUGGGACAAACUGAACAAGCUGUACCAGGACAGACUGAAGCGUUGGCAGGAUUGCAACUCCAAGUGGCUGACGUUCGUGUCGGAUCAGAAGACGCUGGAAGAGUGGCUGAAUGACGCCGAGGCUACUCUGAAACUGGCCGAGAGUGAGCCAGCAGCACACAGACAGCACCUCAGGGACUUGACGGAGGCCAUGCCGCUCCAGGAAGUGGUGCUGGGCAGAGUGAACUCAGCAGGAGAGGAAAUCAGCCAGUUGAGCACACCAGAUGAUGCCUCACAGCUCCGAACGCAGCUCAAAUUACUUGACACUCGCUGGGCUAACGUCUGCAAGGAGCUCAAUGAGCGCAAGAGGAGGUCUGCAGAGGCACGGUCAGCGACCGCAGGGCUGCAGGAGGACAUGGGCUCGAUGCUGUGCUGGUUGGACAAAGUGGAAGGUGUCCUGGCCAUCCCUCUGCAGCCUGCAGAGCCACAACAUAUCAAAGACACUCUGGGCAAAGUCCAGGCACAUGUGGAGGAGCUCCCUGCUAAGAAAGGGGCAGUGGAGGAUCUGAACUCAAGACACAAACAGAUAACACUUCCUGCUGACAAACAGGAUGACAUCAGGAUCAUCAACACUCGCUGGGCGCAGGUGUCCAAGCUUCUGCCUGAGCGUCAGCUGGAGAUCGAGGGUCUGCUGAAGGAGCUGGAGAAGCUUCAGGGUCAGCUGGACGACCUGUCAGCCUGGGCGUCCGACACCAGAACCACGCUAGAGCACAGCACAGAGGAGCCAGCGCCCAAGCUCGUCGAGGAAGUGCAAGUCAAGCAGCCAGAGGUGGAGUUUGUUUUGGAACGAGCCAAUCAACUGUACAAGGAAACUUCUGCCAGCCAAACUGUCACGGUGAAGUAUGUCAAGCUGAGAGAAGACUGGACUGUGAUCGUGGAGCUGGUGCGGCAGCAUAAGGAGAGGAUGGCUGCUCUUCUUGUGGCCAAAAAAGCCAAUGAAGGUCUGUUAGGAAGUUCCCAGCCUGAAUCUGCAGCACUGGCUCAGUUCAACAAGUCCUGGGCUGAGCUGACCGAUUGGCUGACCAUGCUGGAUAACAUGGUGCAGAACAAGCGUGUGGUGGUGGCUGACCUGGACGACAUCAACGACAACAUCAGCCAGCUCAAGGUGUCUCUGCAAGAGCUGGAACAGCGCCGCCCCCUCCUGGACAAACAGGUCACAGCAGCUCAGAACCUGAAGAACAAAACCAGCAACCAGGAGACCCGCAACGCCAUCACUGAACGCAUCGACAGGCUUCAGACUCACUGGGAGGACUCUCAGACCAAACUCUCAGAUAGAACAAAGCAGCUCCACAACAUGCUGCAGGACUCCACCAACUGGCUGGAUUCUAAGAAUGGGGUGGAUCAUCUCAUCAAGCAGGCCAGUGACAGGCUGGAGUCCUGGCAGGAGAUCACAUACACGGUGGAUGCUCUGAAGAAACAAAACGCUGAGCUGAAGCUCUUUGUGAAGGAUCUGCAGCAGUGGCAGGGUCAAGUGGAUGAAACCAACGCCCUGGCCAACAAACUGCUGACACUGUACGCCAAUGACGACACACACAAGGUCACCCAGGUUAACGACAACAUGGUGGCCACCUGGACACACAUCAACAAGCGUGUUUCGGACAGGGAGGCGGCUCUGGAAGCAGCUCUGAAGCUGCUGCAGCAGUUCUACCUCGACCUGGAGAAGUUCCUCAACUGGCUGACUGAGGCUGAGACAACUUGCAACGUGUUAAUAGAUGCUACCAACAAGGAGAGACUACAGGAGCAGCCUGAGGCAGCCAGGAACCUGCUGGCACAGUGGAAGGACCUCCAGGCAGAGAUUGACAACCACACAGAGCUGUAUCACUCCCUGGAUGAGAAUGGGCAGAGGAUUCUGACGUCGCUGGGGAACUCAGAGGACGCCACUCUGCUCCAGAGACGUCUGGACAACAUGAGCCAGCGAUGGAAUGACCUGCGCAACAAGACCCUCAGCAUGAGGGCUCACCUGGACUCUGAGAUGGCUCCAUGGAAGAGGCUCCACAUGUCUCUGCAGGAGCUGCUGAACUGGAUCAGGCUUAAAAGUCAACAGCUGGAGCAUGAGCCGCCUGUAGGGGGCGACGUCCCCGCCGUGCAGGCACAGCUGGACACACACCGGGGCUUCAGGAGAGACUUGAGAGCUAAAGAGCCUGUUGUGACCAAGGCACUAGACGAUGUGGGAAUCUUCCUGUCUGAACUGCCCCGAGACACACCAUCACCUGAGCAGAGAGAUAUCAGUCCAGAGGAGCGAGCCCAGAACGUGGGGCGAGUCCUGCGCAAGGAAGCAGACGACGUGAUAACCAAGUGGGACCGGCUCAACGCUGACUCGGCCGAAUGGCAGAGGAGGCUGGAGCUGGCUCUGCGUCGCCUGAUGGAGCUCCAGGAGGCGGAGGACUUGCUGGACGGACAGCUGAGGCAGGCGGAGAUGGUGAAGGAGGCGUGGGAACCUGUGGGAGACCUGCUGAUCGACUCACUGCCAGAGCACAUCGACAGAGUCAAGGAGUUCCAGGAUGAAAUUGCUCCUAUUCAGGAUGACGUAACACACAUGAACCAGCUGGUGUCCACUUUUGGUCCACCUGACAUCCACCUGUCGCCUAGCAACCUGGAACGCAUCGAAGAUCUCAACACACGCUGGAGACUGCUGCAGAUCUCCAUCACAGAACAUCUGAAGCAGCUGACGGACGCUCACAGGGACUUUGGCCUCCUUCACAGAUCUGUAGAGAGCCCCUUCGAGAAGGGCAUCUCCCCAAACAACGUGCCCUACUACAUAAAUGAGAAAGCUGGACCUGCCCAGAUGACCGAGACGCUCCACCAGACCCAGACAACAUGCUGGGACCAUCCCAAGAUGGCCGAGCUCUACCAGUCUCUGGCGGACCUGAACAAUGUUCGAUUCUCAGCCUACCGAACAGCCAUGAAACUCAGACGCCUGCAGAAGGCUCUGUGCUUGGAUCUACUGAGCAUGCCGAUGGCGUGCGAGGUGUUCGACCAGCACGGCCUGAAGCAGAACGAGCAGCUGCUGGAUAUCUCCCAGCUGGUCACCUGCCUGACCAGUCUGUACCAGCGGCUGGAGCAGACCCACUCCCACCUGGUCAAUGUCCCGCUGUGCGUCGACAUGUGCCUCAACUGGCUGCUCAACGUCUACGACACUGGCCGAACUGGAAAGAUCCGGACUCUUUCAUUCAAAACUGGAAUCAUUUCCCUCUGCAAGGCUCACCUGGAGGAUAAAUACAGAUUCUUGUUCAGGCAGGUUGCCAGUGCCACAGGUUUCUGCGACCAGCGUCGUCUGGGCCUCCUCCUCCACGAUUCCAUCCAGAUCCCCCGGCAGCUCGGCGAGGUCGCCUCCUUCGGCGGCUCCAACAUCGAGCCCUCCGUCCGCAGCUGCUUCCAGUUUGCCAACAACAAACCAGAGCUGGAGGCUGCCAUGUUCCUGGACUGGAUGCGUCUGGAGCCUCAGUCCAUGGUGUGGCUACCCGUCCUGCACCGCGUGGCCGCCGCCGAGACCGCCAAGCACCAGGCCAAGUGUAACAUCUGCAAGGAGUGUCCCAUCAUAGGCUUCAGAUAUCGGAGCCUGAAACAUUUCAACUAUGACAUUUGCCAAAGCUGCUUCUUCUCCGGUCGCGUCGCCAAGGGACAUAAGAUGCAGUACCCCAUGGUCGAGUACUGCACUCCGACUACAUCAGGGGAGGAUGUCAGGGACUUUGCCAAGGUGCUGAAGAACAAGUUCAGGACCAAGCGCUACUUUGCCAAACACCCACGCAUGGGCUACCUGCCUGUCCAGACCAUUCUGGAGGGAGACAACAUGGAAACUCCUGUCACUCUGAUCAACUUCUGGCCCGUAGACCAUGCGCCUGGAUCGUCCCCUCAGCUCUCACAUGACGACACACACACUCGGAUCGAGCACUACGCCAACCGGUUAGCAGAAAUGGAGAAUCGUAAUGGCUCUUAUCUGAAUGACAGUAUCUCACCCAAUGAGAGCAUCGAUGACGAGCACAUGUUGAUCCAGCACUACUGCCAGUCUCUGAACCAAGGCUCUCCUCUCAGCCAGCCCCGUAGCCCAGCCCAGAUCCUCAUCUCCAUGGAAACGGAGGAGAAGGGAGAGCUGGAGAGGGUCCUCAAUGACCUGGAGCAGGAGAACAGGAAGCUGCAAUCCGAGUACGACCGUCUGAAGAAGGCCCACGACAGGAAGGGCCUGUCCCCGCUGCCGUCGCCCCCGGAGAUGCUCCCGGUGUCACCGCAGAGCGCACGCGACGCCGAGCUAAUCGCAGAGGCCAAACUGCUGCGACAGCACAAAGGUCGUCUGGAAGCCCGAAUGCAGAUCCUGGAGGACCACAACAAACAGCUGGAGUCCCAACUGCACAGGCUGAGACAGCUACUGGAGCAGACGGAUUCCAAGGUGAACGGCACAGCUCUGUCCUCUCCCUCCACCUCGUCCCAGCGCUCCGACUCCUCCCUCCCUCUGCUCCGUGUGGCUGCCAGCCAGACUACUGAUACAAUGGGUGAUGAUGAGCUGUCCAGCCCUUCCCAAGAUGCAUCUGGGCUGGAGGAAGUGAUGGAACAGCUCAACAAUUCUUUCCCUCAUAGCCAGGGUCCCAGCAUUGGCAGUUUGUUCCACAUGGCCGAUGAUCUGGGCCGCGCCAUGGAGUCACUGGUCAACGUGAUGACAGACGAGCAGAGCGCCGAACAGCACGAGGCCCUGCCCUUCUGAUCCCGCCCCCGCCCAACCUUACUUCCUGCCUCCUCCCUCCCUCCCUCCCUCCCUCCUCCCCCUCCCUCCCUACCUAUCGCAUGCUUUUCUAGUCAAAACAACUGGAUUGGAAACACAGUUUACAAAGAGAAUAUAUAACGUCUAUUUUUGUGAAGGAUUGCGGUUCCAGCAACGACGCGUAAAAAACAAAAGAAAAAAAAAACAUUAUAACUUGUAGAUUUCAGUAGUUUCUUAAAACGUCCUGAAGUUGUUUUAUUAUUAACAGAGGCUGGUUUUUAAACUUCUAUGCAAUUGUAUAAAACAGGAGUGGGGGGGGGGGAGGGGGGAGACAAAGAAAGAUGAGAUACAAAUAAGUGUGUUCAGUGUGGUCGUAUAUUUGCCAUCUCUUUGUAAUUUGGGGAAACAGCAAAAGCAUUUCAGACAUUUGUAUCAAAAAAAGAAUGAUUGUAAAUCAUAAGGGUGCUUUCUAAGAGGAAAAUGUCUUUCUAUAACAGCGUACACUACUGUCAAGGUAAUGCAGGCAUCCUGGAUCUUUACAGUACGUUGUCUGUGAGACUGUGUGUGAGUUUGUGUAUGACUGUGUGAGUUUGUGUAUGACUGUGUGUGUGUGUGUGUGUGUGUGAGAGAGACAGAGAGUGUGUGUGGUGGUGCCUAACUUCCACAUAACAUUACAGCUUUUUUUUUUUUUUGCUUUGGCUGACAAACCUCAUGUUAUAUUUGAAUUAUUCAAUCAUUUACUCAUCCGUCCGCCCGUCCAUCCAUCCAUCCAUCCAUCUAUUCAUCUUCCCCAUUGUUAACAUCUCUAUGGCAACAGAUUUUAUACCUGUAUUUGUUUUCAGCUCAGUGUACUGUGUGCACAGACAGACAGAGUAAAAGGCGCGAUUCAGAACUGAGACAUGUCAACAAGGUCACUUGAAACAUAAUGCUUGUAAAAGGAAAUUAUUAGAUGCACAUCAUUUGUUAUUAGUCAUUUAAAAAAAACUAAGCUUAAAUCUUCUUUUUUUUCUAGAAUAGUGCAAAAACAAUCCAUGAAAUGGUGAUAAAGUACAAACUGUGAGUAGUAUCCAUGUUAUUUUUUAAUAACAGAAAAGUUCAACCUGCAUUUACAAUGGCCUGUCCCUGUUUGAAAUAUUAUUAUUAUAUUUUAGGCCACAAGCAAAUAUUUAUUGGCAUUAUCUUCCAGACUUGAUGUAAAUGUUACUUUACUCCAACAGCUGUGAGAAAAGCUGCAACUGAGCUGAGUCAUAGUAUGUUUGGCCAUGCAUAUUCAAAGGGGUACUCCAGUGAUUUAGUGUUGCUCUUCCAUAAAGCUGCGGUAAGAGACAGACUGAAAAAGAAAGAUCAAAAUCAAAGCAGCAGAGGCUGAGAUAUGCUGACUCUUAGCUCCAGAACUGUUGGAUACUGCCUAUGAUAACCCUGACUAGAGUUACACAGUAUCAUACAACUGUUUAGAUAUGUUGAGUAGCAUUUCCCAUGAGGAGCAAAAGGUCUUCAUGUGUAGUCAAUUAGGAGUGUACCCAGCUAUUAAUAGCUAUUAAUGCUAUGGAGCAAUGUUUUUAAGAGUCAAGUUAAUAAAUUGCAGAUUGUUUUAUGCUAUUCCACUUAUUGACAGUUGGUGGCGGUCCGCGCCAAGUAACGUAACAAUGUACAAACAAAGGCAGUGAAGAAGAAGACUGCAAGCUAACAACAAUAAUAAAUAAGGCAGGUUUCCAGUCCUUCAAAAUAUGGAUUCUGAAUAUGAUCCCUGAGGAAGGAAAUGUAUUCAACAUGUUUUUUUAGUCCUUAAGAAUACACACAAUGUGAUUUGGUGAAAAACUGUAAUCAUGACCUUGUUUACCAAAACCAAAUUCCACAGGUACCUUUAACUGAUGUUUCAAGUGGCUUCUUCAGUCACAGAUGUGAAAAUAACAUCUUCUCAGUAUUCUCUGUAGCCAGCAUAACUUUGUUAAUUUGAUGAUUAUCCUUGUAGAAGAAGAUUAGAGCUGCAUUUUUUAUGUCAUCUUCAGUUCUGCAUCGGGCCUUGACAGAAUCUUUGAAAAAUACAUUUUGGAGUGCAGUUGGAUGCAAAAAGCAAAUCUUCCUGAUUCUUGCACUGACAUGUAAAGUGAGGAUUUUAAUUCUAUCACUAAGAUGCUCUGAAAGUGUCUUUUUAAGGCCUGUUGAGUACAUACAGUACACUGUAUUGGUUUAUAAGUUGACAGUCUCUCCCUGUCAAAAGUACUGUAAGAGGAACUUAGAGGAAUGUUUUAUGAAUUUUUAAUUAGAAUCUGAGCACUACAGUGUUACAAGGCUGCUAGCUUGAGAUUAUUUUUGAGGAACAAAUAUUUGAGUUCUAGGAAGCCCAGUAACGCAAGCUCUACCUCGUGUGAAUUGUCCAAGUCCGGUUCGGAGACAAUUUCUCUACUGUACUCAAUCCUGCACUCCUCUCAGAUUGUUGAUUAUUAAUUGAUUAUUACUGGCUGAUUGAUUCACGUCAGAUAUCCUAAUCGCUCCGUACAUGUUCUACUGCACUGUAGGAGCCUCAAAUCUGAAUGUUUUAGAUGCAUUCACUGCAUUUCUCAUCUAUAUCAGAGAUUUUAUAUGACUCAAGUAUAAAAACAUUUUACACAAAUCAAAUGAAUCAGUGUGCACUACUGUCAUACCUGGAACAUACUAGAUAUUGUUUUCUGUGUGUGUUCAUUCUAAGAGUGUUACAUUUUGUCUUUGGUUAAAAGGGUAUUUUGUUUUGUGCUGUGUGAGGUGUUACGAUAUUAGCAUGUGUGACUAAAUAAAAUCCAUCCUAAUUUAAUGUAUAACCACUCAGAGAAGUCCGCGGUGAGCAUCACGGCGUUAUACACACGUGUGUUUUUGCCAUCAUAUUCUUGCAGCAUGAUCCAAGAGGUUUUCGUUUUGAUCCAGACACUGAAUUUGAUUGAUUUCUUUGUUUGUUUGUUUUUUCAUUUCUAACUUUUCAUUGUCACAUCAUUUUUCCAAUAACGCGUCAAUACUUCACAACAUAUCAGAUUCCACCAAAUAUAUGCCUUACUACUGUAUUAUAAAAUGCUUUACUGUAUAUCAAUAAAGCACGCAGUUAUGUUGA